AUGAGAUUGUUUAGGAUAUACUACAACCUGAGUGUAAAAGUGGGGCAGAAGCUGGAGAAGACAGUACCAGGAUUCAACACAAUAAUGGAAAAAGUACAGAAAGAUUAUGAGGGUAGGGUUGCUAAGAGGAUGAAGCGGAGGGAGCAGGAGAUGAGAGAAAGAGACUUGAAGAAUUGUUCGGGCCUUAGCGAGGAGGAGGAUGAUAAAUGA